UAAUUAAAUUAGCAAAUAAUGCGCUCUAUCUAAUUACGUGCAAAUUAAGUGGGGCCAGCGAACAGCCAGUUACGUUCUACUACUCUACUUUACUCUCUUCCCAUUGACUCUCCGUCGUCGUCGUUUUCUUCGUCUUCCUCCUCUUCCCUUCUAGUAUCCUACACCAAACCUAUAUACGUCUUCCUCCUCUUAUUAUUUCAACACAACCCAACCCAAUCCUUCCUCUCUCUCUCUCUCUCUCUCUCUCUCUCUCUCUCUCUCUCUCUCUGUGACUAACCGAUCGAAGCCAUCAUAUCAUGGCUGCAGGCGACAGCCCCAACAACAAGAGCGGGCAGACGGACGGCGGCGAGGCUCCUCCUGCUGCUGCUGCUGCUUGUUCUGCGGUGCCGGCGGCGGAGUGGGAGCGGCUGGGCUGGGACCUGACGGAGCUUAUCCUGUGCCGUCUGCCGCUCCGGUCGCUGGUCCGCGCGGGCGCCGUCUGCCGGCAGUGGCGCGCCGUCGUCGCCCGCUGCCCUCCUUCGACGUGGAGUAGUAGUCGUCGUCGUCUGCCCUGGCUCUUCGUCUUCGCCCACCACAACCUCGUCCCCCGCCUCAGCAGCGCCUUCGCCUACGACCCCUCCGACGACGAGUCCGCGUGGAUCCCCCUCCCCGCCCCCUCGGCGCCGCUCCCCGACUCCUUCUCCGGCUCCGGGGGCUUCUCCUUCUCCUUCCUCUCCUCCUCCCCCUCCCGCCUCUCCCUCUCCCCUCUCCUCCGCCCCCAGACCACCUUCCUCUCCCCUCCCCUCGCCUUCCCCCGCUCCAACCCCCUCGUCGUCUCCGUCCUCAGCUCCGGCCACGAAAGGCCCAGCGUCGUCGUCGUCGGGGGCGCGCGGGUCGUCGGCGGACUCGUCGACAUCGAGGAUCGGCUCCCCGUCGAGAUCUACGAGGCCGGGGACGACGCGUGGGAGCUCGGCCCCCCUCUCCCCGCCGAGUUCCGCCCGGGGUGCUCCUCCCAGUGGCUCUCCGCCGCGCUCCUCCCCGGCCGCGGCCUCCUCUUCGUCCUCGCCACCUACUCCGGCGUGCUCUCCGCCUUCGACCUCGCCCGCGGCGCCUGGACCCGCCCCCGCCCGCUCCGCCCCCGCGCGCCCGGACCGCCGCCGCUCUUCGCCUUCCUCGCCGCCGCGCGCGGGCGCCUCGUCCUCGCGGGGCUCCGCAGCGGGCCCGACUACGGCCCCGCCCAGUUCGCGGUUUGGGCCGUGGACGACGCCGCCAUGGAGUGCGAGGAGGUCGGGGCCAUGCCGGCGGAGCUCCUCGCGUGGCUCUUCGACGGCGAGGGCGCCGCCGCCGCCGCCGCCGACGACGACGACGACAGGUUCGCGAGCCUCAAGUGCGCCGGGGUCGACGGGGUCGUGUACGUGUUCAACGAGGACCGCCACAGGGGCUUCCCCGCGUGCGUGUGCGAGAUCUCCGAGGACGACGACGCCCCCGGUGGGUUGAGGUGCGCGUGGAGGAAGGUGCCGCCCCUCCCCGCGCCCGUGGACCCGUUCCACAAGGUCAUCGCCUUUUGCUCCCCGGUGCCCGUGCACCCGGUCCUCGCCCCCCGGGGACCUGUCGUACGGUAGAGUAAACCUUCGGUAGAAAUUUGCACUUGGAUCCCUCAACAACCGUGUCCUUCUGAAACAGAUCCUUUGCUUUGCCUUUUCGUUAUGUACGCGCUUCUCUUUUUGACUUUUUUUAAACUUAUUUUGAUUCGAAUGAUUUUCUAAAUUGAAUCAAACAAUUAUGUACUUUGUUUGUAUUAAGUGAUUUGGAAAAUAUAAGCUAGUAUCUCCCUCCCAUUACAGUGGCACUGUGGCAGUUAUUAGUUAGCAUUCAUCACAUGAUGUGAGUUAACACAGAUUAUUCAACAGGGGCAACAAACAUCAAAUAAGACAAGACAAUGCAGUGGUCCUUGUAACAGCGAUUUGAUGUAAAUGUAUGUAUGUAAGGUAAAUAAUAUA